CGUGGGUGCUGCUAUACCUAGCAAAGACUUAUAGACGACCUGGAGCCAGUGGGUUUGGCGACAAAUAUGUAGCGAGGACCAGCCAACGAGAACAUACAGGUCGCUGUGGUGGGUAGUAUAUGGGGCUUUGGUGACAAAACGGAUGGACUGCAUCCAAUUUUCUGAGUAGAGUGUUGAAGGCUAAUUUGUAAAUUACAUCGCCUAAGUAAAGGAUCGGUAGGAUCGUCCGUUUUACGAGGGUAAGUUUGGCAGCAUGAGUUGAAGGAGGUUUUGUUGCGAAAUAGGAAGCUGAUUCUAGAUUUAAUUUUGGAUUGGAGAUGCUUAAUGUGAGUCUGGAGAGUUUACAGUCUAGCCAGACACCUAGGUAUUUAUAGUUGUCCACAUAUUCUAAGUCAGAACCGUCCAGAGUAGUGAUGCUAGUCAGGCGGGCGGGUGCAGGCAGUGAUCGGGCGAAGAGCAUGUUUUUAGUUUUACUUGCAUUUAAGAGCAGUUGGAGGCCACGGAAGGAGUGUUGUAUGGCGUUGAACCUCGUUUGGAGGUUUGUUAACACAGUGUCCAAAAAAGAGGUGGAUCAAAGAAUCACUCGCAGCAAGAGCGACAUCAUUGAUAUAUACAAAGAAAAGAAUCGGCCCGAGAAUUGAACCCUGAGACUGCCAGAGGUCCGGACAACAGGCCCUUCGAUUUGACACACUGAACUCUAUCUGAGAAGUAGUUAGUGAACCAGACGAGGCAGUCAUUAGAGAAACCAAGGCUGUUGAGUCUGCCGAUAAGAAUACGGUGCUUGACAGUCGAAGGCCAUGGCCAGGUCGAUGAAGACGGCUGCACAGUAUUGUCUUUUAUUGAUGCCGGAUAUAAUUAUAUGUUACAGACCCCACUGAGCGAGAUAGAACAAGAAUAAUCAGAUUUGUCUUGGUAAAUUUUAUAACAUAAGUGAAAUUUCAUCACGUCACUGCGUUUAGUGGGUGGACACCCUAUAAUAUGCUAACUCCAGGCUGUAGCCAUAUGUACAACCAAUGUAUUAUUGUGGAUUCUGUCACCAUGGGCCUUCAGAAGCUUCAAGGAAGCUAAAGGUAAUUUGACACAAAUAUUGAUUUUGCAUUUACUAUCCCUUUAAAACCUCCCAGUUUGAACACACCCAGUAGGUGGCAACAAUACACCAUUUUUGUGUAGUCCGUCGAUAAAACCUCAAAGAAGACGACGUAAACAGAAGUAAGCCGUGACCAAAAACUAUUUCCACGUUUGCGUUUUUGUUGUCAUUUAGACGUUUAUUAAUACCCUGCAACUCAAAAUAUGACUCAUUUAACUGCAUAGCAUCACAAACUUACCCCAGGUAUUAUUUAAUUCGCUUUGGAGACAGGACUUGGUUGAUAGAUGUUAUCUAGGUAACGCUAACUAGCUAGUAGCUAAAGUUACCUAACAAUGGCUAUGGUUUUUCACACUCAAAUAGCCUCCAUUAUGGAGGUUCUAGCGAAUGCAGCCGUGGCAGAGAUCUGUAAACUCGUAGACGACGACUAUGCAGUGUUUCGUUUGGAAAUAACUCAAAGCCAGAAAGAAAACCGGGCAUUACGGAGGAAACUACAACUACUGGAACUGAAGAAGGUUGCACGGGAGCGCGCAGAAAGGACAAUGCGAGAGCGUGUCAUCGCCAGUCGUUUCAGUAGUGUCAAGAUCCUCGACCGAUACAGAGGAAUUGCAAGAGGAGGCCACAUGAGCUUUGUGAAGCCAGCAGGACACAAUACAUGGAGCGAUGACCAACCAAUCACUGUUGAUGAGGGGAGUGGAACCUCAACACAGCAAGUUGUCAUCAUAGAGUCUGCAGGUCCUGGGGUCAAGCUGGAGAGAUCUGAAGGAGAGCACAUCCAGGCUGGAGUGCCCCCUGUAGCCACGGAGGACCCCACCACCGCCCCAGCGGCGCCAAAGACCCGACGCAGCAUCACGAAGGUCGGUGGAUCGCUGAAUGCCGUCCUCAAGUCAGGGAUCGACACCAAGAAUUUAAUGGGUCAGGGGCGACUGGGCUGUCCCGCUCUCCACUCAGAAUAUUUACUUGAUGGUAACCCGAGCCCGAGGAUGGAUCUGUCCCAUCAGGACUUAGGAGACACGUUACAGAUUGGCAAUGAUCCGUCUUGUUCAUACGCUACAGAGAUGAUACAUGGUGACAUGCCUGUCGGCUUAGAUACACAGACUAAUCCAAUGAGAGGGGACUGGAACCAGUACAGUAGUAGUGUAUACUCUGAAGGGUCCCUAGAUAAGAAAGGGGAGGUUAUAGUCAUAGAUGAGGUGACUGUGAAAGUGGAGGGUGACUCUCCUCUGACAUGGAAUGCAGAUGAGACUCGCUUUGGAGAAGGACACUCACAGGGCAACACCAAUGACUUCUUAGACUACAGAAAAAGCUUAGAGACCAAUCUAACUGUCGCAACCCACUCCCCUUUACACACGCUCAGGGAUUGCGACCCACUGUCCACGCCGAUGGCAUCUUCCGAUUCACAAUACCUUUUCGAUCAGGUAUUGAACUCAAAGGAUCAAAGGGCCAAAGCACAGGGAGGGGGAACCACAUCCGGAAAUAGUAAAGAGAAACGGUUCCUUUGCAUGUUCUGUAACAAAGGCUUCAGCAGCUCCCAGAAGGUGGAGAUCCACCAGAGGGUCCACACAGGGGAGAAACCAUUCAGCUGUACCCAGUGUCAUAUGCGCUUCACCCAGGCUGGUGACCUGAAGAGGCACCAGAGAGUCCACACAGGGGUAAAACCCUUCAGCUGUACCCAGUGUCACAUGAGCUUUGCCCAGGCUGGCAACCUGAAGAGGCACCAGAGGGUCCACACAGGGGAGAAAACAACAACCCCCUAGUGUGAGAAGAGGUUCUCCCACCAACACCAACUGAACAUGCACUUAUAAGUCCAUACGGGAGAAAGGCCGUUCGCCUGUACGUGCUACGAGAAGAGGUUCUCAGAGGAUACACAA